AUGCACUCAGAGGGAACUUCUAUGAAAUCUCUCGGGGUUCAACAAUGUGUUUUAACAAAACUUAAGGAAUUCACUCAGGACGAAUACGAAAAUUAUAUAAACAAGAAGGAUUUGCAAAGUUUUUGGGAGGGAAUUGACGAGUUACCAAUUGAAAAGGCAAUGGAGCUCAGACGUCUUCAAUUAGAAAUUCCAACAUCAUCAAAGGAUUUUGCUGGUGGAUUUUUAUCCCCAUCAUUGCAGAAUUUCUUUUUAUUAAAACAUAAAACUCAAUUAUUAUUUUUAUAUACAAAAUAA